AUGAGUCAUUACAUAUCUUGAGACGACGCGACGAGACUUCACCGAGGGUUUACGACAACAUCAAAAUAUAGUUCCGAACAUUUUUCGCAAUGAAGACAUUGAUGGUGUUCGAUUUCGACCACACACUGGUCGAUGACAACAGUGACAUGUGGGUGAUCAGGUGUCUUCCAGAUCAGACUCUGCCUGACAAAUUGAAGAAUUCAUACGGAAAAGGCCACUGGACUGAGUUCAUGGGCAGAGUGAUGGAUUAUAUAGGUGAACAAGACGUGAGUGUGGAGAGAGUCCGUGCUGAAAUGGAGCGCAUCCCCUUGACGGCGGGCAUGAGCGAGUUGCUAACAUUCAUAUCGCGCAACAAGAGCGACGUGGAUUGUGUGGUCAUCUCGGAUGCCAACGCGCUCUUCAUCGACUGGAUCCUCUGCGCCACCGGGUUGCGUUCGGCCGUGGACUGCGUGUUCACCAACCCGGCCAGAGUCAACGCUCUGGGCCGAGUAGAAGUAUUGCACCACCACACGCACAACUGUUGCCGCUGCCCCGUCAACAUGUGCAAAAGGAAAGUUCUGGAGACAUACCUAGCCCAGCAAGAUGAAUACAGCCGAGUCUUCUACGUAGGCGAUGGCACCAAUGAUUUUUGCCCAGCCUCCUGCUUGAGGGGGGGCGAUGUUGUUAUGCCCAGGAAAGGAUAUGCCCUGGAGGAGCUGCUGGAGGACAAGAGGGAUGCUUUGCAUGCGAGUGUCAUUGCUUGGAGCAGUGGAACCCAAAUCCUUCAUGAGCUACAAGCCAGUCUUAGCUCCACAACCCGGAUUAAUAGGUCUGAGGCUCCAAGCUAACGUCAUCACUGCACAACCCAAAUAGAACGUAAUAGAAGUAAUUGUUUAUCAUAUCAUCCGCAGUCAGGUUUUUGUGUAUUAUCUAUGUCCAUUUUAAUUUGCAUGUGCUAGCAAACAACCAAUCAAAGUGAUCAAUUGUCACUGACGGUUUUGCAACCUGCAAUUUUUGGCCCCUUUAUUAACAAUUUUAAAUAGCACAAUGACACAUCAAUCUUUUCAGAUCUCACAAAUUCUGCUUUUUACUUGUUUUCAGAUGCCUUAAUCUGCCUGUUUAAGCAACACACUGUUGGACUUAAACUCUUAAACCAACUUCCAAAAUCAUUCAUACCACCAUUUCAGUUGACACACAACCAGUCCCAUCUCAAUAGAAUUUCUUCUUUUGUUUAUAAAUCAAUAUUUUGUCAGUUCCAGAAGUGUUGUGCGGAAUCUAAACGUCCAGCCCCGACCAACAUUCACACACUUAUCAUUUCACCCAACUAGUCCACAUUGUUAUUCAUACGUUAACUGCAGCAGUAAUUACGAGCACAGCAGAAGCAAUUACCGUCAAUAAACUUUUCAUCGACAGCUUGCUCAAAUUGUCUCAUUCUCACCUGCUGCUGGUCUUGUGCCAAUGGAGCCUGCCUGCCAUGUCAUCUUCAAUGGUGUCAACUUCUUGUGCUGAGAGGAGCAAAGCUGGAGCAGCUUUUUGGCACCUCAUCCAUCUGCCCCGUCAGCAUUCAUUUGGAAAAGCAUUGCAUGUAUGAGCUGACGCCUGAAUAAAAGGGGACAUUUUUAACAGGACACCUCUGGAGGACAUUCUAUUCCUGCAAGAAAAAGGAGAUAUUUUACGGGAUGGACACACAGAUUACAAAUAUUGUUCCAAUAUGUUUGCUCACUUGAAAAAUGCUUGGCUCGAAACUUUUUAAGAUGCUUUCUCCUUUGUUGUUUACCACAUCUAAAUACCAGGAAAUAAAAGCUGGAUUUCUUUUCGUCUCAUA